UCCGACCGUGAGCCAAACCCGAGAAGUGUGUGCGGAGAGGCUCAUGGUUGGGUGCAUACAAACGGUUAUUAUUUCCAUAGCGUCGAAAAAUCAGUCCUUCGCAUUCGUGAAAAUCAUCCACGAUCUGAGUUCUUCUGAACUGAGAUCGCCGGACAACGGCUUUUCUCAAACUCUGAAAACUCAGACUGAGUUCUCAUAUGCGCUAAUGCAGCUGGAAUGCGGUGAGGCCACCAAUGGGCAAAGUGUCUUUUCUAUUUCUGGUGAGACUGAUGGUCUGAAGGUGGCAGAGGGUGCUGGAAAAGUUAGUCAUCGACGGGGAUUGAGGAGCUCUGCAUCUGUGCCGAUUCCUUUUGUUGCAGUGGGAGGCCUCCUCUUCGGUGGAAUCACACCAUUCCGGAGAUGGGACAUGCGAAAACAGCUCCGGCCGGGCCUCCUCGCAGCAGCAGGUGGGGUUCUUCUCCACGGCCCACAGGCAUCUGGUAAAUCGCAACUCGCGAAAGCCAUUGUUGUGGAACUGGCAAACGAUGAACGCUACCAUGCUUACAGUGUGUUUGUCAAGUGUGACAGUCUUGUUGGUGGGCAGAUUGAGCAGCUGAAGACGCGCAUGGAAGGGGUAUUUCAAGAAGCCCUUGAGCAUGCACCGUCGGUGAUCGUCUUCGAUGACCUGGACGCGCUUCUUCCAAACGAGGAGAGGCAGGACGACGUGGUCGGCGAUGUCGCAGAGCACACGGCAUUGUCAGAGUUCGUUGGGGACCUCAUGGAUGCCUGCCAGGAAGGGGGAUGGGGUGCGAGGCAGUCGAUUACGUUUCUGGCGAUCGCACAGUCUCCGUCGAGCGUCCAUCACGUUCUUCGUGUCUCAGGGAGGCUUGAUUUCGCUGUGCAAUUGCUGGCGCCAGGUGCAGUGGAACGCGCUGCCAUUAUCCAGUCGUGCCUAAGAUCCAAAGCCGUCAACUUUGCAAAAGAUGUGGCUAUGGUGGAGGUUGUGACGCAUUGCGAUGGGUACGAUGCGCAUGACAUAGAUGUCCUGGUGGAGCAAGCGAUUCACGGAUAUUACCACCACCACCUUCACCCCACCAGCACUGCAUUGCUCUCAUGGGAGGAGACAUCAGAGAAGACUACUAGAAAGGAGCCACGCCACCCGUUGGGUGCUGGAGAAGGCCUGUCGCAAGUCUCCGACUCUCUUAUGCAGACGCAGACGCAGACGCAGACACAUUUUGGUGCCAUGAGGGCAGCAGGGUUGCAGAUUGUCGACGGGGAAGUCGAAGAUCGCUGCCGCAGGAGGUCUCUGUCGUUGUCGCAGCAAUGGCGACGAUGGUCGUUCACCGUAACAGAAGACGAUUUUGCCAAAGCACAACGCGGCUUUGUGCCCGCAGCAAUGCGAGGAGUCGUCGCGAUUAGUAAUGCUGGUGAUGGGCCUUCACAAAAAGGUUGGGAGGAUAUUGGAGGGCUGGACGAUGUGCGGCGAACACUCCAGGAGAUACGCAAACUUCCCGUAAAGUAUGGAAAGUUGUUCUUGAAAGCUCCUCUGCGUCUUCGGCCGGGAAUCCUUCUCUGUGGCCCUCCCAACUGCGGUAAAACGCAUGUCAUCGGUGCCGCUGCAGCGGCUUGUCACCUGCGGUUCAUCGGCGUCAAAGGCCCGGAGCUGCUGAACAAGUAUAUAGGAGCAAGCGAGCAAGCGGUGCGCGAUGUGUUUGCAAAGGCGUCAGCUGCGGCACCGAGCAUCCUGUUCUUUGAUGAAUUUGAUGCGAUUGCUCCUAAGCGAGGCCAUGACAACACCGGCGUGACUGACCGUGUCGUCAAUCAGCUGUUGACGGAGCUCGACGGGGUAGAGGGAUUAUCUGGUGUGUUCGUCAUCGCGGCAACGAGCCGUCCGGAUCUCAUAGACGCAGCUCUGCUUCGUCCCAGACGACUGGAUCGCCUUCUGCUAUGCGAUUUCCCCUCGGAAUUCGAGCGCAAGGAGAUACUGAACGUGCUGGCACGUCAGCUUCCACUUGCAGCUGACGUGGAUCUUAGUGACAUUGCAGCUUCCACUUGCAGCUGACGUGGCUUUAGCGGUGCCGAUCUUCAAGCUGUGCUGAGCAACGCGCAGCUGGCGGCCAUUCACAGCCACCUGGAUCGCGAAACUGUCAGUCAAAGUCAACCUAAAGAUGCUGCCUCUCCUAAUGCAUUGCCCGGUGCUGCGCCUGUGGUAACUAUGGAGCACCUGCAGAAAGCUGUCAGCGUGGCCCGACCCUCCAUAUCGCAAAUGGAAAAGACGCGACUCAAUGACAUCUACGAGAGCUUCAUUGGUUCGCGGAAAGCGGGACCGUCGAAGGAAAUGAAGGGAAAAAGAGCAA